GAAGGAGAAGAAGAAGCAGGCAGUGCCGAAAAACUCCCAGUCGAAGAAGAAGUCACAGUACGUAACAACAACAAGCCAGACAGAUGACCUGAGUAAUCUGCUGGAGGCCAGAAAUGAGUUGCACUUUCCACCUCCUGGUUUCCCGCAGUGACUUCUGGCAUGGCCGAUUUCUGCUCAUCUUGUCUCGACAGUCCCUGUUGCUCAGAGCAUUCAGCUUCGGGCCGCAGAUCAGCCGCAGCCUGCAAGAGAGCUACAGGGUUCUGCAACUGCCUGACGAAGGGAACAGCAGUGCUGUGCAGGUGAAAGAGGCCUACUUGCGCCUUGCCAAGCUCUACCACCCGGACUCUGGGGCUCCAACUGCAGAUGCUUUACUGUUUGCUCGAGUUGAGGAGGCCUACCGAGCUGUGCUGGCACAUCAGAGCAAGACCAAGCAACCUGAUGGAGGGAAAGAAGUGGAAGACGAGGAUAAGUCCAGAGGUAAAGCUUUUCCACACAGGCAAUACCUCAGCUAUGAGGGUGUGGGUUCAGGCACACCCAGCCAGCGUGAGCGUCAGUACCGACAGAUUCGUGUCGACCGGGCAGCUGAACAGGUUUCGAACUACCGACAGAGGGAGCAUGAGAGGGCAGCUGCUGGAGAGGGGGCACUGGUGGAACGGGACAUGCGUCAGCGCAGCCAAAAGAUCAAGAUCACCCAGGCUGUGGAACGCCUUGUGGAGGACCUGAUCCAGGAGUCCAUGGCCCGGGGAGACUUCAGGAACCUGAGUGGAGCUGGAAAGCCCCUCAACAAGUUUGAGCACAAUCCAUACGCUGAUCCUAUGACCCACAACCUCAACCGCAUCCUCAUAGACAAUGGUUACCAGCCACCCUGGGUCGUUACACAACGCGACAUCCGAGAGACCACUGCUCAAAUCCGAAAUAGGUUAUUGGAGGGCAGGGCCAAGCUCAGCGACCCUAUGACCCCCAAAGAACACAGCCAGUGGGAGCAGCUUUGUGCAUCUGUAGAGGAGGAGUUGGUGAAACUUAACAAGAUGGUGGAUAAUUACAACCUCAUGGUACCAAUGCUCAACAUGCAAAUGGUUCACUUCAGUUUGUCGCGAGAGAUAGACCGCGCUGUGAAAGGAGCCCGUCAACACAGACUGGACCAGCAGAGAGAGAGAGAGAAGGAAAGAGAGAGGAGGAAGGAAGAGAAGAAAAGAGCCAACGCAGUAACCAAGCCUACAAAUACCAAACAAGGCCUGAUUUCUUGGAUGAAGAAUUUGCUCAGAUUAAAACACUAAAACUCUGAAUCUAAGUGAACAGAACAAUAUUUUAGAUCAGUGGUUUAUUUGUUGUUGAUUUUUUCACUUAAACCAAUCAUUACAGUCAAUGGGGUAAUAUUUCAGACACAUUUGUUCACCUGCUUAUCUCUGUACAUUGUACGCUCUAACGUCAGAGACAAUGGAGGCACUUUACUCAUUUAGCUCUGUGUUACUACGGUUAUUGUCCAGAUAUGUAGGAUAAUCUUCAGCUGUUAGUGGAAGAACAGUACUGAGCAACCGUGAUUGUGGGACUGUAAAGUGUGAGGAACUGCAUGUGUUGAUAACAAAGAUUACAACAUGAGGCAAUUUUAUGAUACAAGUUGUUUCUGUGAAAUCACUUAUCUGACGCACUGUAACUUUUGGUUGCUAUGUGACAUUAAAAGUUAAGGUAAUAAAAAAAAAUAAAAAAUCUUGUGUUA